AUGAAGUCAAAGGGUCAAAGGUCGGCACUGCUUCCGUUCCUGCUUCUCGGAAUCACUUGCAAAGCUUCACUUGUAACAGUCAAUAAGGCUUUAAAGGUGGGACGGGGUCAGUCGGCCUACCUCCGGGAAGGGGACCUCCAGUUCCUUCUCCCACUUCAAAAGGAUGCGUGCAAAGUAGAAGUGGUGUUAAAUGAGCCCAUAACUCAACGAGUGGGAAAAUUGCUGCCUCAGGUAUUUAACUGCCAAUAUAGGGAGAAUGAGGUCAAAUAUGUCCAUUACGGCUCUCCACUUUUAACAGAGGACAUAGUCAAGCUUCGGUUGUAUAGGUUCACUGAGACGGACACGUAUAUUGAGCUUUUUUCCCUUCAUGUUGACAUUGUGGACUCGGACUGCAGUAUGAUAAAGCUCGGGCCUGCAUUUUUGAAGGUUCCGUUUUACGGCAUCUCUGCUAGUGUGGAUGGAAAUGUGGUCUCGUUCCACUAUGAAAGCCGGUCCAGCUUAGAGUGCAGCAUUCAUCUAAGUACCCACGAUACUCACUUGCCAGCUCACGGGCAGCUAAUUACCGGCGAGCCAGAGGAAGCCGCCAAGCGAGGAGAUGAGCCAAUGCGCUACGUUGAAGGUUAGCCUCGAUGCUGAAAGUGUUCCGUGUAAUGUCUUGAUAAAAAUGUCAUUUUUUCAGAUCAUCCGGCUAGAUGUGAUUCUGAUGUCUGCCUGAAGGGUGUGAAGCUUGUCAGAGCUUUCAAAGUAUCAUGUGACGACUUCCUAGUGAUGGGGCUGAAAUACCAGCAUAUGAGUCCUCCGUCUCCUGACAUUGACUUCAUUGCCAUCAGGCUUGACCUAAAAGACACAAGGAGUGGAAACAUAUAUAAGUCUGAACAGAUCUGGAUUCCAGUGCAAAUUACCGGUGCACUGGCAAACCAGCCCCCCGCAGUGUCGUUUAUGCCAACAUUUACCCUGGAGGUGGACCAGUUCAUCCUCACCCCGCUGUCCACUGCCACAUUAGACGGCGAAGAUGAGGAAACACCAAAAGAGAGGCUGAUUUUUAAUAUCACCAAAGCGCCUUCAAGUGGUUUCAUCACUCACCUGUCUGACCAAACUCGCCCCAUCUACUCCUUCACAUGGCUCGAUUUAAAUGCCAUGUUGAUUGCAUAUCAGCCACCAAACUCCUCUCAUACCCAACGCAGGCACUAUGAGAUGGAAAUCGACGUUCAUGAUUUUUUCUUUGAGAAGAGCCCACCAAUGACCGUACACAUGUCGGUACGGAAUGCUGACACUAACGCACCCAGAGUUUCCUGGAACAUGGGCCUCAGCUUAUUGGAAGGUCAAUCUCGUCCAAUCACAUGGGAGCAACUCCAGAUUGUGGACAAUGACAAUGUAGGCGCCGUCCGUAUUAUCACGGUGGAUGGCCUUCUACAUGGAAGACUAACUGUCAGAGGUGGAAAGGGCUUCAUGUUUACUAUCGGGGACAUUAAAGCGGGAAUUGUUUGCUAUCAUCACGAUGAUAGCGACUCCACUACUGACUUCAUCAUCUUCCGAAUAACUGAUGGACACCACCAGACCCGGCACAAGUUCCCAAUAAAGAUCCUCCCUAAAGAUGAUAGUCCUCCGUUCCUCAUUGCCAACAUGUUGCUGGAAGCGUCACAGGGUCAGACAAGUCUGUUGCAAGGCACUGCCCUUCAGGCGUCAGAUAUGGACUCUAGUAGCGAUUAUAUCCUCUUUAACAUCACCAGACCGCCACAGGCAGGCGAGAUCUUGAAGUUUCCUGGACUAGGGCUAACAGGUUAUCCAAUCAGAAGUUUUUUUCAACGGGAACUCUCUCAGUCUUUGGUUUAUUAUCGACACACUGGGAAUGAUGCGUUUGAAGACUCCUUCGAGUUUGUGCUGUCGGAUUACCAGGAUCCGCCAAACUUGUCGGAGCCUCAGAUAGCCAUGUUGCACAUUGAGCCGCUACCGCAUCAACCACCUAGAGAAGUUCCUGGCGCCAGACGGUGUCUUACGGUCAAGGAGACAGACGUGGUCCAUAUAACACAGCGACACCUUCACUUUGUAGACAAGGACACACCGGACAGUGACGUGACAUAUACGGUUACAACUCCGCCCUUCUUCAGUAAUCAGCAAAGCAGCGAAGAUGCCGGGAGGCUAUUCCUUGUCGACAGCAUACCCAAAUUCACCAAAGACACCAAUGCACCAGUGUUGAAGCUCUUUACACAGCAUGCCAUCAACUACAUGAAAGUAGCCUACAUGCCUCCAACCGUGGAUGUUGGUCCUUUUCCUCGGUAUAUCCAAUUUAUUCUCACUGUGACCAAUCAGCAUGGCAAAAAACUCGAGGGGAUCUGCUUUAACAUCACUGUGAUACCAGUCAACAACCAACCUCCGCAGGUCAUCACCAAGGCUCUGACGGUGGACGAGGGUGGGGAGUGCUGGCUUGGCCCGGAACACCUCAUUCUGUCGGAUGUGGACACUGUACAAGAAGCCUUGAAAUUGGAGCUUCUGAGUGCACCAAAGCACGGAAUGUUGCAACUUAACGGCCUUGCUCUUCAUCCUGGCCAUAGUUGUACCUUGCAUGACAUAGCUAGCCGUAAAGUUAGGUAUAGACAUGACAAUUCAGAAACUGUGGAAGACAGCAUUGAAUUGGCAGUAACAGACGGUGCUAAUAGAGUCACUUUCGUUCUGCAAGUAAAUGUAACUCCAAUCGAUGAUGAGGUACCAGUGCUGGUUUCUGGUUUGAAACCUGUCCUCACAUGUGCCGAAGGUCAGACCAUCGUCAUUUCAGCCGAGUACAUCUACGCUCUUGAUGUGGAUACCGAUAACAACAGCCUUGCCUUCCUAAUUGCACGACAACCCGUCCACGGGUCUGUGCUGAAAAACGGCGCGGUCGUUGAUCAUUUCAUUCAAUCGGAUAUCAGAGCAGGGGUGAUCAGCUACAAGCACACGGAACAGGAGAUUGGACUGAGUCCAGUCCAUGAUACUAUCACCUUUGUGAUUUCUGAUGGAGAAACAGAAAAAUCAGCAAUUUGCUGCAAUGAGAGAAAUCCGAAAAUUGCAAGCCGAGAAACAACUCUGCCUGUGUAUGAUCUCCACAUCACAAUUUUUCCAGUCAACAGCCAACCACCCUCACUUAAGACAGGGGACGUAUUCGUUGUAGAUGAAGGCGGGUCGGGCCAAGUGAAAGCGAGUCAUCUGAACGUGUACGAUGUGGAUACGAACGUUGAUGAGCUGGUGGUCAGUUUGGUUACUUCGCCUCAGUUUGGCUACCUUGAAAAUAUCCUGCCUAGACCUGGCUUUGAGAAAAGCAACAUGGGAGUGAGCAUAGACUCCUGUUCUUACAAAGACAUCAUUGGCGGUCAAAUCAAUUACGUGCAGUCCAUGCACCGAAAGCUUGAGCCGACGAGUGACCGGUUAACGCUCUGUGUGUCAGACGGCAACUUCAGCUCUGCCAGUGUCCCCUUUAACAUAAUAAUCAAGCCGACAAAUGAUGAAAUCCCAGAGUUUGUGGCUAAAAAUAUUAUGGUACAAGAGGGACAACUGAAGUAUCUGGACUUGUCUGUGUUAAAUGCAACAGAUCUGGAUGUUCCUAGGAAUGUUCUUCUCUUCCAUGUUGUUCAACCUCCUAAGUUUGGUUAUAUCAUUCGCCACAGUGGCAUCGAUAAGCACCAAGAUUCCAGUAUGCGAUCCACUGUAGUUGACUUCACAAUGGCAGAGCUAAGGAAUGGCCAAACUGUGGCAUACAUGCACGACGAUUCUGAAAAUUUGAAGGACAGCUUCACCAUCCGGUUAACAGACGGCAAACACAAAAUCCACAGACAAGUGCUGGUCGAAGUAUCGGCGGUCAAUGACGAAAAGCCUCAUUUGAUAAGAAACAAAGGACUGGAGGUGGAGCCGGGAGAGACAAGACUAAUAACCAGUGCAAUGCUCCUCGCACAGGACAGAGACACCCCCGCCUCGCAGGUCAUGUACAAGUUCAAGAGUUUACCUAUACAAGGACUUCUACAGCUUAAGCAUCUUCAGAACUGGCUACCAUUAGGUGUCGAAGGAAACUGCACCCAGGAAAUGGUGGACAUGAACCAAAUCCGCUAUGUGCACAGAGAUCCCUCCGAAACUACCACACAGGACUUUUUCGUUUUCUACCUACAUGAUGGGCAGAAUCAAUCUCCAGUACAGCAGUUCAACAUAUCCAUCAAAAAUGUAGAAAAAGGAACUCUCUCCGUCUUUGUCAGUCCCAUAAGCGUUAACCGCGGGGGUCGCGUGACUCUUACCACCGACGUUAUUUUUGCAAGGGAUGGUAGUCACCGGCCGCAGGACUUGGUCUUUGUUAUUAGCGCUCCGGCGGCGAAUGGAUAUUUGGAGAACACCAAGCAUCCAGGAGUGAGCAUUUCCACUUUCAGUCAGAUGGAUAUUGCGGCAAACCGCGUGGCUUACGUUCACGACAAGCGAGCCGGCGCACCUAUGGAAACCAUUCAGUUUGUUUUACGGAACAACAAGACAAGCCGAACGGGAAUCUUAGAGGUGUCAGUCCUAAUGGUGGAUCUCAUCCCGCCGUCACUGUACAACAAAGGCCUGGUGAUUCCCCAAGGGCUUGCCAUGAUCCUGAGUCCAGACUGCCUCGCCAUGUCAGACCCUGACACCCCAAACAGUUCUCUUGUUUUUACACUCCUACGGCCUCCUCAGCAUGGCGAGCUGCUUCUACACGGAACCGCGCUGACGGCCGGCUCCACUUUCACCCAACAAAACAUCGAGGAUUUAAAGGUCACGUAUAAGCACGACGGAAAGAAGUCACAGAUCGAUCGAUUCGAGUUCGCCGCCACGGAUAGUACCAAUCUUGGAGUUCUGCUUGAUGGGAAGUUGCAUACUGGACCAAUGUCUUUCAUAAUUCAGAUGGCAAAAAUCCCACAGUGUCCUCAGGGUUGGACCUUUCACAGCGGCCACUGCUACAUCUUUAAGAAGCACAAAGCGUCAUGGAGCGGAGCCAAUCGAAGCUGUAAAGAGAAAUAUAAAGGCUCCCUUGCCAGCGUCUUUUCGAAACGUGACAUGCUUUGGCUAUGGAACUUUGGCAGGAGGAAACCAUUUUGGAUAGGUCUCAAUGACCGAGAUGGCCGAGGAUCCUGGGAAUGGGCGGACGGUGCGAGUGUCACUUACACCAACUGGACCCGGGAACCUUCCACUUGGAUUGUGAAAGAUGGCAAAAAGUGCGUCCUUGUGUGGAGGAGGGCAAAGUGGCAAAGGAGGGAUUGCAAGAUCGGCCGAGGUCACAACUAUGUCUGCGCCGUCAAGAUUUGAAUCCAUUGCAUGUCACUCUUGAAAACAAAUACAACCUCAGGGGAACAAAGAAGCCCCGAAAAUAUUUAUUUGCUCUAACCACUGAAAGUGUUAAGUAUCAUGCAUUAUACAAACCUAUGCU